GCCGAAUCAAUUAUCGGUAAUUUGGCUGGACCUUCCCGUCCGAGCGUUGCAAGCUGCGUGACAGAGCUCGAGAGUGGAGGCCGAAGCGGUUGGACAAGAUGGCGGGCUGCGUGGACGGUGAUCUGGGCGUCCUGACGGGGCUGCUGGCGGCAUCGGGGCUCAACAAUGCGAGCUCGAGCCAAGUGGGCGAGAUGCUGUGCUCGAAAUUCGACGGAGUGUCGGCCACCUUGUCGAGCCACACGCUGGCCGUGGACAGCAUCUACCUGCUGUUCUCCACGUACCUGGUCUUCUCCAUGCAGAUCGGGUUCGCCAUGCUGUGCGCGGGGUCCGUGCGGGCCAAGAACACCAUGAACAUCAUGAUGACGAACGUCCUGGACGCUGCAGCGGGCGGAAUCUCCUUCUACCUCUUCGGCUUCGGCUUCGCCUUCGGCCGCAGCGCGCAGAGCAAUCGAUUCAUCGGCAGCAACUUCUACGCGCUCAAGGACAUGCCGAGCGAGGUCAAUGGCUUCGAUUACAGCUUCUUCCUGUUCCAGUGGUCGUUCGCCAUCGCUGCGGCCGGAAUCACCAGCGGCUCCAUCGCCGAGCGCACGCAGUUCGUCGCCUACCUCGUCUACUCGUCGUUCCUCACGGGCUUCGUGUACCCGAUCGUCGCGCACUGGGUCUGGUCGGUCGACGGAUGGCUGGGGGCCGCAGCCACGAGCCGCCUGUUCGGAGUGGGAGCCAUAGAUUUUGCGGGGAGUGGCGUCGUGCACAUGGUGGGAGGCAUCGCUGGGCUCUGGGGAGCGUACAUCGAAGGUCCGAGGUUGGGCAAGUACACCAGGGAUGGCAAGCCCGGCAUGGACAUGAAGGGACACAACGCGUCGCUCGUGGUGCUGGGCAGCUUUCUGCUCUGGUUCGGAUGGUUCGGAUUCAACCCCGGCUCGUACGUGAAAAUCGUCGUCCCCUACGAAGGCUCCAGCUUCGAGGGCAACUGGAGUGGAGUCGGCAGGACUGGAGUCACCACCACUCUCGCGGGCUGUGCUGCAGCUCUGACCACUUUGUUCGCUCGCAGGUGGUUCACUGGGCACUGGAAUGUGACGGAUGUCUGCAACGGAUUGCUGGGCGGGUUCGCGGCCAUCACUGCAGGAUGUGCAGUGGUGGAGCCCUGGGCUGCGAUCAUCUGCGGGUUCGGAGCGGCUUGGGUUCUGAUGGGGUUCAAUUACCUCGCGAACAAGGCCAAGUACGACGAUCCUCUGGAGGCUGCGCAGCUGCAUGGGGGCUGCGGUGCCUGGGGCCUGCUCUUCACUGGCCUCUUCGCUCGGGAGAAGUACGUGCUCGAGGGUUAUGGUCCCGGGCGUGGACACGGCCUCUUCAUGGGAGGGGGAGGCAGGCUUCUGGCGGCCCAGCUCGUGGAAAUUCUCGUUGUCAUGGGGUGGGUCACUGUCACCAUGGUCCCUUGUUUCUGGUUUCUGAACAAGAGUAGCCUGCUCAGAAUCUCUCCAGAAGACGAAAUGGAGGGUAUGGAUCUCACCAGCCAUGGAGGCCAGGCGUAUUACAUCGACGAGUCUCCACUCGGGCCUCCCCAAUCUUUUGCUAAAACUCAAACCCCUGAAGGUUCCAAACAUGGCUUUGAGAACUAGAAUCGGAUGAUUCUAGUUCUCAACAUGUCAGAAG